UGGAUUAUCUGGAAAGUAUCUACUGAUCAUCUUCAAAGUGCGACGUAGGGCCGUUGGUUCGGCAAGGUAGCUUCCCGCUGUAAACAGAAACCAAACCCCCCGCAAGAGCCGAAGAAUUGAUUUCUUUGUAUAGUAGUCUGCGAAGCGUAAGCGUUACCAGCAUGUCCUCUUCUUUCGGUUGGGCUCUUAGCCGCAAAACUCGCAACAGACUUCAGUCGCGGCGAGGCACGUGAGCAGGGCCAGAAAAUGACACAACGCUUCUGGGUCUAGUCGCGAACACGCGUUGCACGAUUUCCUGUGGGUGCGACGAGACGUACACUGGUGGCAAUACUUGGAGCCUGGCUCGUGCUUCAGGCACACCCCGUCAAAAACGGGAUCGACGCUCUCUGUCCGGCAGCUUGAGCGUUGCUUCCGCUGCAACGGGUGGCAGUUCCGUCACAAGAAAAGAGUUGCAGAGGGCUGCAUUACGUGUGACUGCGACGUGGGUCUCCCGGAGGUCGGGCCAGCUGCGUCUUAAACCGAGGGAAGCGUUGCGAGGCCGCGGGUACUACUCGGUACCAGGACGGUGGCACGGUUAUUGGUGGUGCUUCAGCCACUUCUUCGCAGCAGGUCGCUGAAGGUGAGCAGGGGGAAGCAGCUUUGGGUUCUUGUGGCGGCCGAUGACCAUGAUGAUCGGCCAGACCCCAGCGGCUACGGGGGACGCUCCGAAGCAGGAUGAAACUACGCCCGCUGUCACUGGUGUCCCUGUUGGGGGCCUCAUACCACCAGACACAGUCGCUCCUGCGAGGCCUGCGGACCAGGUUUGUUUGCUUCUUCUUGCACACUUAUGUUCUAGACUGACAUUGUGGAGAGAAUAUUGUUGUUCGUACCAUAACUGCAAAUGCAAUGAACUUGUUCUGCGAUUGUGAUCUCGAAACACCAGAUCGUGGUCGAACUCGAAGACAUUGAGCUUGAAUCCAAGCGGGUCAACCCCGGGGACGGCGACACUGAGAAAGCGCUGUCGUCCAGCGAGCCAGUGGCGCUCCAGCCUCCAGGUGCUGGGUUAGAGGAAAUAGGAGGCAGCGCGCCCAGUAACAAACCGCCAGAACCCGAGCCAGAAGACGAUACCGUGAUGCUCCACGAAGUUUGGCCGGCGCAAAACAAGUUUUUCUGCCGCGGGCACUGCAUGACGGUACGGCUACUAUCGGGAUUUUGGUUCUCGAGAUUCUUCUUGAUCAUUUGAAUUACCUGCCGUGAAGAGUGUAUGGUAGGAACAAUCGUGCUUGCUGCUAGGUUCAUGAAAACCACACAAUUUUGUUCCAGGCAAAAGAAACGGAGACAUUUUCCUUUGUGGAGGCGUGCUGUGACCUUCUGUCGCUUUGCUUCCCAUGUUGCACGAUAUGUAACCCCGAGGCGUGGAUAAAUGCUAGGGACGAGCCGGAUCCGGUAAGAAUGUGAUGCUUCGUUUUCGCGCUCCUUGAUUGCACAAUCAUGUAGGAGGAUGCAGAGCGCAUUCCCAUUCUCAUUCAUAGUAUGGGCAGUGCUCCUAAGCGCAGCACCGCCAGUGACUACCAAACCAACGCAAAAUCUCGCAGAUCAAGACAUUUUCGAGUGCGCAUAUCUGUGCCUGGAUGUCGCUGGUUCUUCCGCUCACCUUCUUCUGCCUCUUCACAUUUCUCGAACUAGUAUCGCGGUGAAUCUCAUCUCUGUUGUCGCUCGAACUUUUGCAGGUGACUCUUUGCAUGAUCCAUUCAUCCGCUUAGGGUUGUCAUCCAGCUCUCAUUUCUUCUCAUAGUCAGAACAGAUCUUCUGGCACACAGAUGAGUUUCGCACAUGAAUACUAGGAGGCGAGCGAGGAUUUUGCAAAAGUAGUUGCGGUAAUGGCAGUGACGUGUGGGGCCUCAGCGAUAAUGUGUCUGUCACUUGCCAGCUGCUCAGAUCCGGGCAUAAUACCACGGAGGGAGGUGAUUCUGGCGUGCGACGGUAUGAUAAAACAUGCUUGACCUGUAAGUACGUACACCCAUUUCCGUAUGAAAAGUGCAUAAUGGAUGAGAAGAUAGUGCGCAGAUGAUUUUCCUGGUUGUCAUGUUUCGCGCCUUUCCACCGGCACGACAUGAGGGCUAAGUAACAGCGACAAUAUCUGUCAGGCCUCCGUGAGAAGCUCACCGAGGUGCUCGGCUACGACUUGCUCAACGGUGACGGAAACAUCGUCCGUUCCAACGUGCCUCCCGAGUUGCGAAAAAAGGGGUGCUCCUGGUGCAGCACCUGCCGCAUCAUCAAGCCGCCACGCGCGAGUCACUGCUUAUCAAGUGUAAAAAUGUCUGGGUCUGGAAGAAUUCAUGUUUGUCAUGCUUGUCUGGCAUGACUCUUAAAUCUGUCAUGCACGUUACCCAAGAGCUACGCUUUUCUGUGAUGCAGAGCCGCAGUUUGUCAUGCCGAAUAGGCAACACCUAGGAGCUCAGAAACUUGUCAUGCUGAGCCAGCAUUCGUAGCCUCAUCAUGAGACGCCGCCCAGCAUUACAAGUUUCCAGACCCAGACAUUUUUGCAUUUCAUACUGCUCGAACUGCGACAAUUGCGUCCUGCGGUUUGACCACCACUGCCCCUUCAUCAACAAUUGUGUAUCAAAUGUAAAAAUGUCUGGGUCUGGAAGAAUCUAAACUUGUGAUGCUGUCUCUGGAUUCGAAAAAGAUUUGUAUUGCGUGACCAGUAAAAGGAGGAGACUUUGUGCUCCGCGGAGAUGGCAUUUGUCAUGCGGCAUAGGUAUGAGGAAGCGCUCUAAAAAUCAGUGAUGCUACGGCAUGCAUCACAGACAUCAUGGGUCAUGGAAAAUAUGCAUGACAAAUCUAAAAAUCUUCCAGACCCAGACAUUGUUACACUUGAUAUUGUGUCGGCCAGCGCAACUACCGCUAUUUUAUGGGAUUUUUGCUCUCCAUCGUCAUGCUGGGCUUGCUUGUAAUACCGAGCAUGAUCUGGAUGUUGUUCGGGGGAAAACCCGAGGCGAGCCAUAACGAGUGGUGGAAUAAUAACAGGAAGGAUUUUCCGGUCUGGUUCUUUCUGCUCGUGUUUCUCUUCGCAAUACUAGCGGCGGUGCUCGCGAUCCUGGUUGGGCUGCUAUGCGGGUAAGAGAUUUUAUGGGAUGAGGGUAUGUCGCGAACAAGAAUCAAUAUGAUCCUGGGUCUGUGCUGCAGUAAAACGAAUAAAGCUACGUUCAAUUCUAACAAUGCUGAUGCAUAAGAAUGCGCAUGCAGAAGAUGUUCGGUGCCGCAAUCCGUAGCACACUCGAAAAACAAUACUUGACAAGGUACCAUGUGUACCUUUCCUACAAUGGGAUUACAACGAAGGAGCACUGGCGAGGCACGCACGAACUAGCGAAAAACAAGCUCCGCACAAUACGAGACGGCGCGGGGCCGCGUCUGUAUAACCCGCGGCAGCGGAUUGAUCCAAAUAAGUGGAAGGAGCUGAGCGACUUGUAUGGGUAA